UUCUCAUCAACUCUAAAAUCUAAUAAAAGCUUAUUACUUAGAAGAAUACAAGAUCCCAUCAAAGAAUUUUUGAUAUGGAUUCAAGAGUUGUAGCCUCUCGAGCAAUUUUUUUCUCUCUUUAUCUUCUCUUCUUCACUUUGGUUAGCUCUACCUAUGCACCUGACUACUCUAGCCACCCCAAAUCAACAACACCAGAAUCAAAAGAAUAUGCGCCUGACUACUCUAGUAAUCCAUCAUCAGCGACACCAGAGCAAAAAAACUAUAUACCUGACUACCCUAGCAAACCAUCAACGGCAACACCAGAACCAAUAGACUAUGCACCAGAUUAUUCUAGCCAUCCAUCAUCCGAGACACCAAAGCCAACCGACUAUACACCUGAUUAUACUAGCCACCCAUCAUCAACAAUUCCAGAAUCAGUAAACUAUGCACCUGAUUAUACUAGCACAACGUCAUCAGCAACACCAAAGCCGAUAAAAUAUUCGCCUGAUUAUACUAGCAACCCAUCAUCAACAUCGUCAGAGAUGGUAAACUACACACCCGACUAUACUAGCAACCCCUCAUCAACACCGUCAGAGAAGAUGAACUACACACCUGACCAUUCCGACCACUCAUACACUGAACCUAUUAAAUGCCCAAGGGAUACCCUUAAAUUAGGCGUAUGUGUAAAUUUAUUGAAAAGUUUGUUGGGUGUUACAGUUGGCACCCCACCACAUACUCCUUGUUGUAGUCUUAUCGGCGGUCUUGUUGAUCUUGAAGCUGCCGUCUGCAUUUGCACUAGCAUUAAAGCUAGUCUUUUGGGUGUUAACUUGACACUUCCAAUUGAUCUUAGCUUAUUGCUCAACUACUGUGGCAAACAGGUGCCACAAGGAUUUCAAUGUGCAUAAACUAAUGUCAUUCUGAGAGAUUUCUAUUUUUUGCAGAGUGUAUUUACUGAUUAUGCUUUAAGUAAUUUUUUUUCAGUGGUGGACAUUCUUCUUUCACAUGCAAUUUAAAAUUGCAAGUUUAUUUUCAAUUGAAUUGUAUUUUUUAAUUAUUAAUUGAUAUUAUUUUGAAUAAUUA